UGAACUCACACACAUGAAAGAAAGAGAUUUUGAUCAAAAAUAAAAUAAAAGAGAAAGAUAAGUCAUUAUGGCUACAAAACCAGGAGUCCUCACUGACUGGCCAUGGAAAUCUCUUGGAAACUUCAAGUAUAUGAUUCUGGCUCCAUGGGUGGUUCAUAGCAUAUACUCAUUCAUAGUAAGAAGUGAAAAUGAGAGGGAUUUCACAAACUUCCUCAUAUUCCCAUCUAUUCUUUUUAGAUUCUUACAUAACCAGAUUUGGAUUUCUGUUUCUCGUUAUCAAACUGCUAAAGGCAACAAAAGGAUCGUUGAUAAGCCCAUUGAGUUUCACCAAGUUGACAGAGAAACCAACUGGGAUGACCAGAUAAUAAUGUACGGAAUACUGACGUAUUGUGGGAUUAUGUUAGUUCCAUGGUCAUCAAAGAUUCCAAUAUGGAGAACAGAUGGAAUAGUAUUAACAAUGCUACUUCAUGCUGGUCCUGUCGAGUUUCUCUAUUACUGGUUCCAUAGAGCUCUUCAUCACCAUUACCUCUAUUCUCGUUAUCAUUCUCAUCAUCAUUCCUCUAUUGUCACUCAGCCGAUUACAUCUGUAAUCCAUCCAUUCGCUGAAGUGAUGGUGUAUUUAAUGCUUUUUGCAAUACCACCAUCAGCUGCGAUAUUGAGUGGAAGAGCCUCACUGGUAGCUCUUUUUGGUUACCUGUUUUAUGUUGAUUUUAUGAACAAUAUGGGACAUUGCAAUUUUGAGAUCAUCCCACAAUUCACCUUCUCUAUAUUUCCUCCUCUCAAAUACAUCAUCUACACACCCUCGUAUCAUUCACUGCAUCACACACAAUUUCGGACUAAUUAUUCAUUAUUCAUGCCAUUUUAUGACUACAUCUACGAUACUAUUGACAAAUCAAGCGACUCUUUGUAUGAAACUUCACUUGAAAAGCCUCAAGAAUUCCCAACUCUUGUUCAUUUAACCCACUUCACAACUCCUGCCUCCAUUUACCAUCUCCGGCUAGGGUUUGCAUCCUUCGCUUCGAGGCCGUUAACUUGUACUCCAAGCUAUGUCGCCAUUUUGAGCCCGUUUACUUACUUAUUUAUGGUAUUAGCAAGCUUCUUUGGCCGCGUCUUCGUCUCCGAGAGGAACAUCCUCAACAAUGUUGUAUCACAAACUUGGAUCAUUCCAAGAUACAAAACACAGUACUUACGAAAACGGGAAAGCAGAGUUAACAACCGAUAUAUUGAAGAAGCUAUACUGGAAGCAGAUGCAAUGGGCUGUAAAGUGCUGAGCUUUGGGCUUCUAAAUCAGGGAGAAGAACUGAAUAGAUAUGGAGAAGUGUUUGUGGAAAAACAUCCAAAGCUGAAGCUAAAAUUGGUGGAUGGGAGUAGCUUAGCUGCAGCUGUUGUCAUCAAUAGUAUUCCCAAAGGCACCGCCCAAAUACUCAUCGGAGGCAAAUUAACCAAAGUUGCAAAAGCGGUUGCUUCUGCUUUAUGCAACAAGGGCAUCCAGAUUGUUGUGUUAAAUGAAGAGGAACAUAGACUUCAAACUGAACUUGUGGACAUAUCAAAACAAUAUGAGCAAAAGAUAUGGUUGAUCGGAGAUGAUGUAACCGAAAAUGAACAAUUAAAGGCUCCUAAAGGAACAUUGUUUAUACCUUUCACACAGUUUCCUCCUAAAAGAGUUCGCAAAGACUGUUUCUACCAUGUCACACCAGCCAUGCUAACUCCUCAUUCUCUUCAGAAUUUGGAUUCCUGUGAGGUUAGUGAACUACAUUUGUUAUUUCCUAAUUGGUUUUAUUAUUUUAUUAAGGAUAAAUUAUAACAUUAGUGUUUGUUU